UGAGGCGAUGGGGGGCCGCUGGCUCCUCCUGCCGCUAAGGAAACAUUAACUUAGAGUCCUGCUAUCGUUUGGGGAUAAAACACGUUAGAGAGUACCUUGCAGAAAAGAGCUUAAGACUAAAUAGGCGCAAACGACAAUGCAAAUUCCUGUUUUUACGGUUGAUGCAUUUACAAACCAGCCAUUUUCUGGAAAUCCUGCGGCAGUUUGUCUGCUUGAAAAUGACUUGGAUGAAGCUUUGCACCAAAAAAUUGCAACAGAAAUGAACCUUUCAGAAACUGCUUUCAUCAGAAAACUGAACCCUGGAGAUGACUUUACCAAAAGUUCCUGCUUUGGACUCCGAUGGUUCACCCCAGCCAAUGAAGUUCCUCUCUGUGGUCAUGCUACACUUGCAGCAGCUGCUGUGUUGUUUCACAUAAAAAAAAACACAAACUCAGUUCUCACGUUUGUGACGCUGAGUGGGGAAUUAAAAGCCAGACAAGUGGAAGAUCAUAUUGUCCUGGACCUACCACUUUACUUAACCUACCCACAGGUACUUCAGGAAGUAGAAGAGUUAAUAAAGGCAGCCAUUGGUGACAUGAUUGUUCAAGAUCUCCGUUAUUCUCCUGACACAAAGAAACUCCUAGUCCGCCUCAGUGAUGCUUAUGAAAGGUCUGUGCUGGAAGAACUGCAAGUGAGCGCACAACGCUUUUUGUCAGCUGAAAAGACGGGAAAGGUGAAAGGACUCAUACUCACUCUUAAGGGAAAUUCCAGUGGAAAACAUAAAGGCCAUGAUUUUUACUCCAGAUAUUUUGCACCUUGGUAUGGAAUUCUGGAAGACCCUGUUACAGGAUCUGCCCAUGCUGUUUUAAGCAGCUACUGGUCAGAGCAGCUGGGGAAGAAAGAAAUGCUUGCUUUUCAAUGUUCCUGCCGUGGAGGAGAGUUGAAGAUUUCACUGCGUAAUGACGGAAGAGUUGACAUUGCGGGGCAAAUUGCUAUUGUAUUAAAAGGAAACCUGAUUUUCUGAAGAAAUUGACACUAAUCUCCCACACCUUCAAAUUAUUCAUAUUAUGCUGAUUAUUUCUUAGCUCUAGGCAGUGAAUCACCACUGUCCUCGGAAGUCUUUGAUUACUUAUUGUCCAUUUUUAAAAAUUGCUUGAAAAUGCUCACUUCUAAUCUUCAAGAUCCCUGGUAUUGUUUUCUUCACUUUCAUCUUGCCACUUCAUAUGUACACUGACUUCAGAAAAUGUCUGAGGACAGCUAUCUUGUUUUUCUGCUCUUAAAUUAUUCUUUUCUUUAUUUCCAAAUUCCAUGUUAAAAGCCAUUCCUGCUUCCUCGAUUGAAUUGUAAACUUUUCUCAUUGAUAAAAUAAUCAAACUUCCGUAGUCAGUCAUUUUCCAUGAAACCUGGCUACGGUCCUUUAAAAAAAAAAAAACCAAACAAAAACCACAAAAAUUUUCUCUGCCAUAUAUUGAAAUGAUGCUUAUACAUUGAUUAAUUUACUUGAAUUAAAACAUUAACAAAAUAUAAAUGGUUUAGAAAUGUGCUUUAUGGUUCUCUUAUGAGCAUUAUUUUUGAAAGAUGAAUGGUAUUGCAGUGGCUUGUAGUACAGCUGCUUACUCAAUAUUUUUAAUUAAAGUUUUAGCAGAAAGA